AUGACGUCACCGCAACUUUUUAACACGUCACUAGCAAGCAGCGCCACCGCCGCGCAGGACGAGCUCGAAGCAGUGGAGUCACGUGACGGCGUCGGCGCGUUGCGCGUCGUCGCCGCCGCCGUCAUUCUCCUCCAGACGGCGCUGAUAGUCUGCGGAUGUCUGCUGUUCGUCGUCUGCCUUCUUUCGAACCGCUACCUGCAGAAACUUAGCAACGUGACGCUGACGAGCCUGGUCGCUUCCGACGCGCUGCUCGCGCUCGUCGUCGGCCUGGCGACGGCCAUCGAACUCGUGGCGCCGCCUGGCGACGACGCAGCGAACACGAGCCUCGUCGCGACGCUCGUCAUACUGCAGUGCGGCAGCGUGCUGGUGUUCGUCUGCAACCUGUCCGUCUUUCUCGCCGACAAGUACCUGGAGAUCAUCUACCCGUUCAAGUACGUCGUCUGGAUGACGCGCACUAUCUACGUGGUCGCCGUCGUCGGCCUCUGGUCGUUCCCGUGGAUGUGGGUCGCCGGCGUCGCCUACGCGAUGUGGAGCCGCGACGCGCGCGUCUUCGCGACGCGCGCGCGCCUCCUGGCGGCGCGCGAGAUGCGCUAUGGCUUCUACGGUGUCACGGUGCCGACGAUGAUGGCGCAGCUGAUAAUGAACGUCGCCAUCUUGCGGACUGCGAAGAAGCACGCCAAGGCGAUGUCAAUCAU